CGACAAGUAUAUCUUAAAACCAUGGCCGCAGAUGGCGCUUCCCCCAGUUCAAGCUCGGCGUGUAGUGACGACGAUACUGAGAGAUCUUUCUCAGAUACCGAAGCUUUUGGCGGUCUCAGAGGACGGUCCGGGUCGGCAGAGUCGGAAGUCCAGCCUGGCUGGGAGCUGGAAUGGAUCGAUGAUAGUAAACUGGUUCCGAAAGGGGAAGAGGGAGCGGGCAUAGGACGAUUUUAUAAGUUGAAGUUCAAGGGCUAUCUCGACAUGGAAUGGCAGCCCGAGGACAACAUUGACGCCUUGGAACUGAUCAGGUGCUAUUGGGAACACGAGCACCUUGGACAAGAACUCUGUAUCAAAGCCCAGCAGCGGCUACUAAAGGAGAUAGACGAACGGAGCGAUUCCGAGUCCGAGGAUCAACGCCGAAAAAAUAAAACCCGAAAGCAACUGAAGCCGAGGCCCAAAUUGAAUCGUCCCGCCGGCCCGGAUGAGGCCAACUCAGACUGGGCGGGAUCUAGCUCCUCAUCCUCCGAUGACGAGGACGAUGACGACGGUCGUAGGCCGCUUACUUUCAAGCUGGCAGACCUCAGUCUCGCCGGGAGUAAUAAUUCGAAAAAUGGAAGCUCUUCUACUUCACCAGCUUGCCAGGUCAAGUAUGUUUUCAAGAAACCGGAAAAUAGACAGCUUUUGAGCACGACCUUCCUCAAUCCCACUCCUGAUCACGAGACAGAAGCGCGCAAGUCGUUGAAGCUCUCGCAAUUUGUCAGGCGGAUCAAGCCUUUGAUGGCUUCCCCCUACUGCUUUAAAAACCCACAUCGCGCUAAGCGGGCGGAAGAACUCUUGGAAGAGAUCGAAUCUCUUAAGGGCUCGGGAUUGGAGCAGACUGAUGUAUCACCAAGAACGAAGACUAGACUCAAAUUAAAUUUCAAAGACCCAUCACAGGGCAGUCACCCCGCUCCACUUACUUCCCCCACCACUCGUUCCGAGCCUGCUCCUACUCGAGAGAAUGUGUCAGAUUCGUCUACCGACUCGCAAGAUUUGCAAAGCCGGAUGGGCUCUCCAGGCCCAUCCACAGUGCGCGUCUCUUCGCAUCCCAACCCCGACAAUCUGUCUCAGCACGCCAUACAAAAGGGUCCUCCUCAACAACAACCCUCAGGAACGCCAGUCAAUCAGAUCAAGUCGCCGCUUCUCAGACCGCCAGAGAGACGCUCUGUUCCCGACGAGGACAAUGGUUUAGGUCAUCAUCGAAAUGUGAAGCGCAAGAUCGUCGAUCCUCAUCCUCACCUCGAUAACCUCCCUACCAAUCCCUCUCAUGGCCUGCCCCCACCGAGCUUUUAUAGAGCUAAACAGCAAUGCUUGCGCAAGGUUGUUCGAUGGGCAUCAUAACUUCAUUCAAGCAGUCCAUCCAGCUCUCUAUAGUUUCUUGCUUGUCAACCUCUUUCUCGUCCUUGAAGUCCUCUUCUUUUCUUUACUGUUUUGGUUUGUAUAUGUAAUGUAUGGGCGUGUUUCUUUUGCUACGUUUCCGUGAGACUAAUUGUUUCCUGCAAGCAUAGGUAUAUGGGGGCCUUUUUUCCUUCUUUCCAACUUAUAAUAUCUGAUUUCGAUUUUUGGUUUUAGGUUUUAGUUUUUAUUCUGUUUUUGGUUUUGUUUAUGAGCUUGUCU